ACUGACGUGGGACGGCUACAGAAAUAUUACGGACUCAAUGUCGAUUAGUAGUUGGUUUCGUGCUUCCACGAAAGUCUUUGAAAACUACACCGAGAGCGAGGGAGUUUGGAACUUUGGAUGAGAAAAUCUGGACCGGUGGGCAAUACAUAUUGCUUUGGUUUAUUGGUUAUCAAUAGAAGAUACUGCUCUCUCUCUCUCUCUCUCUCUCUCUCUCUCUCUCUAGGCUAUAACAAACGAUUAAAGGGGAGAAUCAACUCGCAAAAACCCGUCAAUCUGAUCGGAAAUAUCAGAGCAGACGACCCAAAUUAGCAAGGGGGUAGUUUCUUUUAGUCAUAGCAGACCCCAGAUAUUUCUUGGUGUGAUUCUCCUGUUUUUGUGGAUGUUCGUUACUUUGACGUUGAGGAAACUACAUCUAGUAGGCAAUGCCCUCCAAUGAUUAUGGAACAAUUGACCUGUUAUAAGUAGAAAAUGGAUUAUAAGUUACAAACUGUCGACAUGAAAUCUCAACUUGAAAUGGGAUCUCUUGAUAGUAAAUCAAUUCAUGAGUUCAACGAGAAGAGUCCUUUUAGCCCAGAAAUAGAUUCUCAGAAGUUGCAUCCUAUGCAUGCUGCUAAGAGUGAAUCGUGUGCUGUGGGUUCGCAAGCGGAUAGGAAUUUAAUGUCAAGGACUCUUGUGUAUAAAAGCAUAAAGACUGUUGUUUUCUCUAGUAAGCUCAACUUGCUCAUACCUUUUGGGCCAUUAGCAAUUCUUGUUGAGAAACUGACUGGCCAUCAUGGUUGGGUCUUCUUUCUGAGCUUGUUGGGUAUAACACCUUUGGCUGAGCGUUUGGGUUAUGCUACAGAGCAGCUAGCUUUCUACACUGGACCUACAGUUGGUGGCCUUCUGAAUGCUACUUUUGGCAAUGCAACGGAACUUAUUAUAUCAAUCUAUGCACUUAGAAGUGGACUAAUACGCGUUGUUCAGCUGUCAUUAUUGGGCUCAAUUCUGUCAAACAUGUUGCUGGUGCUUGGAUGUGCUUUCUUUUGUGGUGGGCUUGUUUUUCAUAAGAAGGAGCAGCUUUUUAAUAAGGCAACUGCUGUUGUAAGCUCUGGAUUGCUGUUGAUGGCAGUCAUGUGCCUGAUUUUUCCAGCUGUUCUUCAUUAUACGCACACUGAGGUUCAUUUUGGAAAGUCAGAGUUGGCUCUUUCAAGAUUUAGCAGUUGCAUUAUGCUUGUGGCAUAUGCUGCAUACCUCUUUUUCCAGCUAAAGAGUCAAGAGAAUCUAUGGGAAGAGAAUCAGCAUGAAGAGGGCUCAGACAAUGAUGAUGGUCCAGAGAUAUCUAAAUGGGAAUCAGUAAUCUGGCUUUGUAUUAUGACUUCUUGGAUCUCAAUCCUCUCUGAACAUGCAGUUCAUGCAAUAGAGGGAGCAUCUAUUGCAUGGAAUAUUUCAAUUUCAUUUAUUAGUGUUAUUGUUCUCCCGAUCGUGGGGAAUGCUGCAGAGCAUGCAAGCGCUAUUAUGUUUGCCAUGAAAGACAAGCUUGACAUUUCCUUAGGAGUGGCAAUAGGAUCAUCAACACAAAUAUCCAUGUUUGGGAUUCCUUUUUGUGUAGUGAUCGGUUGGAUUAUGGGGCAACCAAUGGACUUAAACUUUCAACUUUUCGAGACAGCAACACUUUUUAUAACCGUCUUAGUAGUUGCCUUCAUGCUGCAGGAAGGAACUUCCAAUUACUUUAAAGGACUAAUGCUUAUUCUUUGCUAUCUGAUAGUCGCUGCAAGUUUUUUUGUACAUGUAGAUCCUUCUUCAGUGGAUGCUGAUAAGGAAUUAAAAACUUAGUCAAGGAAGGCGCCGAUUCUUGAGCUACCGCGUGGCUGUCAAUUGUCAAAUGUUUGCUUAGAUUAGAAGAAAGAAUUGUAUCAUAGAAAUAUCAAGAUUAUUUUUUCCUCAUAAAUAAGCACCUUCAAGUUUAGUUGCGAAGGGGCGUGCAUCCAAUAAGAUUAAAUGGUUAUGGCUUACAUCUUAGUUGAAGGCAUUAAUUUGUAAUCAUGAUUCAUGAAGGGGAAUUUUGGAACACAUAAGAACCAUCCGGGCUGUGGAUAGGGUGCUGGUUUUGGAAUGCCAAGAAGUGACACUAUCUGUAUUGGUAUUGGUAUUGGUAUUGUAUUGUUGUAAAAUUUUAGUUUUCAAGGAAGAGGUUGAUCUGGGA